GGACGUAAAUAACCCGCGAGCCGCGAGUCAUGAGACAGAAACGAUGCUCUGAGACAGAAACGAUGCUCUGAGGAGGACACGCUCAUGAGACAAGUUUAACCCAACGAGGAGGACACUUUAAAGACACUACAGCUGAGAAACAUCCGAGGUCAGAGUGAAGCUGAUGUGCUGAAUAACUAAUGGGGUUGUUUGAUAAGUUGGCCUCAUGGCUGGGGUUGAAGAAGGAGGUGAAUGUGCUCUGUCUGGGUCUGGACAACAGCGGAAAAACCACCAUUAUCAACCAGCUCAAACCUUCAAAUGCCCAGACCCAAGACAUAGUUCCUACAAUCGGUUUUAACAUUGAAAAAUUCAAGACUUCCAGUCUGUCCUUCACUGUGUUUGAUAUGUCUGGCCAAGGCAGAUACCGAAACCUUUGGGAGCACUAUUAUAAGGAGGGCCAGGCUAUCAUAUUUGUCAUUGAUAGUGCGGACAAGCUGAGGAUGGUUGUGGCUAAAGAGGAACUUGACACGCUACUCAAUCACCCAGAUGUCAAACACAGGCGGAUCCCAAUUCUGUUUUUCGCAAACAAGAUGGAUGUACGAGAUUCACUUUCUUCAGUCAAAGUCUCACAGAUGCUUUGUCUGGAAAACAUCAAAGAUAAACCGUGGCAUAUCUGUGCAACCAAUGCUUUGAAAGGUGAAGGUCUGCAGGAGGGAGUCGACUGGCUUCAAGAUCAAAUCAAAACGAUGAGAACGUGAGGCCAUGAAGAGCAGCACUGACGAGCUGAACUAUAAACCAAUAAUCUAGAUUAUUUUAGGUGCAGUUUACAGCAUAUAUGUGAUCCAACAUAUUUAUGAAGAAAGACAUUUGUGUUGAAACAAAGAUCAUGUUUUACUUUCUGUCAAAUCAGGUCUUGUCUUAUAUUCACUUCAUCCAUAAUGAACUGUACAGUUUAUGACGAUGUGAGAUAAUAUGAGACGGCUAAACAGUUACAUCGGUGACAUAACAUAAUCUUCAUUCCUUUUAUAUUUACUGAAUAUGAAAAUCUUGUGCCAGUCGCCUGUUUUCAUCAGGUCUGCAUUGAGCAUGAAAUAAAAUCUUUUUUUAAUUGUUACUUACAUUCCAACGCUAACUGUUACGACUCCACGCUGUGCGUUAAAACAUAACGCCGGCUCCUCAUUGUUUAACAUUUUCCAGUUGAUAAAACUGUAGAAAGACGACAUAUUUGGAUAAACUGUAAAUACUGUGGGUGACAAAUGAUGUGUCAUAAUUUAUGUAUAUUUGGAUAUUUGAAGUAGUUUUUAUCUUGGCCUUAUUUUACUACAGAUGUUUUUUGAAGUUUAGAUGAAAUGUAAAUGUAUCACAAGCAGUUUUAUUUUAAAAUAAAUAAUUAGGGGGCGAAUCUUGAAUGUAACAGAUUUUCUUUAGCUUUAAAAUUAAUUCUCCAAUAACUGAAAGGAUAGAACUGCUUGUAUUUUGUUACAGUUGUAAUUUAAGAGAAAUAAAUAUGAAAAAUGU